AAGUGUAUCUUACGAUUCACACACCCGCACGAUUCCAUCAUAAAAUCAGAUUUCUGACGUGGAUUGAACCAUAAAAACCCCUAAAUUUUUUACCAAUGGAUCCCGGACGGCCGCGUAUCAUUAAGAUGCGGAGUAACAUUUCACACUCACAGAGAGAAAAACUGUUUACUGCCCUCCACCUUUUCCAUUAUUACAAGGAAAUGCCAUUGCUCGCAAGCAUAGAGCAAAGUCUUUUUGGUCAUCUUGAAGGGUGUUUUGGGCUGUCUAGACACCUGGAGCAAUCGUCUCUGUAGUUCCUGCUUAACCGUCGUUGAAGAAGAGAGACAAUAAGUGCUUUUGUGAUGUGAUUUUUCCUGCUGCGUCGCAUCGACAAGCGCGAAUCCAAACUCCGAAGAAGCCAGACUGCCGGAGGAUUUCCAUGGCGCUCCUUGUACCUGGUGGGGGCGUACGAUUGCGCCUAUCGCGACCAGCGCACGUUAUACGCCCCGUCUCUGUUUCCGCCACUCUUUCCCCUCCUCGCAGCGAUGCGGAUGCAGUCGAUUGGGUGGAGGCGACUUCUAACUUCUUCGAAAAAGACACCAGGCCUAUCAUGCUGUUCGACGGUGUAUGCAACUUAUGUAAUGGAGGUGUGAGAUUUGUUCGUAACAAUGAUCGAAACAGGAGGAUCAGGUUUGAAGCUCUGCAGAGUGAAUCGGGAAGGAAAUUGCUAAGGAGAUCUGGACGAUCACGCGAUGAUAUUUCAAGUGUUGUACUGGUUGAAAAGGACAGGUCAUAUAUCAAAUCAGAAGCAGUACUGAAGAUCAUGGAAUACAUUGACUUGCCUUUCCCACAAUUAGCAUUCUUUUUACAGUUUGUACCCUUGUUCUUGCGGGAUAUUGCAUAUGACAAUGUUGCAAAUAACCGUUAUGCAUUCUUCGGUCGCUCAGAUUCAUGUGAAAUAUAGAACACUCCAGUCACAACCACUUAUCAUGAUAUUUGUAUAUUGUAAAGUUGUAGAAGUUCCUUUUUCUUAAAAGUCUCUGAGUCUGUCCUAUUGUAAAUGCAUUAGAACAAAACUGAAUUAAUCUUGGAAUCAAAUCAGUUGAUCUAAAUGUUUAUACUACA